AUGGCCGUCGCUUUGCGUUUGAGUACCGCUGGACCACUGAAACCGGAGAUCAGGCUGGCUCAAGCGCUCUCUGAAUAUGAAGCUAUACUCUCCGACGACCAGAAGACCCUCCUUCGGGAAUACAAAGGUCAACCCGCGCCAGAUGCCGCUGAUGUGAUGCGCCUUACAGCGGAGAUUGACAGGAACAGGAAGCCGACGCAUCUCUCGCCGCUGCCUAGGUCCACGCUUCUCUUCGCCACUCUACCCCUGCCGGCAAAGGUCAUCUGGGUUGCGCUGAAGAUGACGCUGCAUAUAACGGUCAGCUUCACCUCCUAUUUCGAGUCUCUAUCCACCCUUUUCAUGAACGUCGGUCGGACUUGUCCCCGGUACCAACCGUUUGGUCUAUUGUACCCUAAAUCGCCCAGUCUCAGGAGAGCAGUUUGCGAGUAUUUUAUUAUGAUGGUUGAACUGUGCAAGCGAGCUGUGCUCUUCAUCAAGAAGCCUUUCUUCGCACAGAUCUCAUCUGCAAUCCUCAAGCCUUUCCAGUCAGAGUUCGGUCGCUUUGAACCCGACCUGGCAGGAUUGGCGUUUGCGAUAAGAGAUGAGGUCUCACUGGCAGCAAAACAGGAACGAAGCCUCGAAGUGAAGGAUAGUUCCUCAUUCCGAGUGCUGUCGGCCAAGUUCUCGGAAAAGGUGAUGCUCGAACUCGAGCAAGCCAUGGUUUUGAACCAUCGGAUGCGGAGAGUGAAGUUCCUCGAUGCUUGCUCCGUCUACAACCACGAGACUGCCUGGAGGCAAGCUCGGAAGUCGGGUACAAGUCUCUGGAUCUUUGACCAAGGCCUAUACAGGCGUUGGAUUGAGGCGUUGGACUCUGGCGUGCUGUGGUGCACUGGGAUUGUGGGCUCGAGGAAGACUGUCAUGACCGCCAACGUGAUCGAGAAUGCUAUGACGUGCUCUCCAGAUGCUGUCGUCGGUUACUUUCUGUGCAGAUACGACGUGACCGAGUCCCUGAAAGCCAGAACAGUGGUUGGCAGCCUAGUGAGGCAACUUCUCAAUCCACUGAAAGCGGACGUGUUCCGCGAUGUGGACUCGGUCCAUACGAAUAUGCUGGACACUGACCAAGUCAUCUGCUACCUGGAAAAGCUGCUUCCUUCAACUCCACACGCCUAUUUCGUCGUAAUCGAGGUACUGUACAACUGUGGUAGUUUGCUGAUCGUCGAGGAGGAAGAGUUGACAGUGCAAUUCGCUCAUCACAGCGUCAAGCAAUUUCUUCUUUCUGAGCUUCCGGACCAUGAAAUUGGUCAAUACCAUGUGGAUGCGGGAGAAGCGGAUCUACGCUUGGGUGAGAUCUGCGUCACGUACCUCAAUUUCGAGGAAUUCGGGGUUCAACUCGUGAAGAGGCAAAGUACUUCUCCAUCUUCAGAGCCGAUUCAUGUGCCAUCGGCGGUGCUGUCGGCGGCUUUGCCUCAGGCGACGGUCAGCCGGUUGGCAAUAAAGCUGCUCAAGAGAAGGGAUGCGCGAGGGUACGAUUGGAAGUCGCAAGCGGAGUCGUUCAGCCUCUCUGCGGAAGAGAAACCAGCAGCGGUCCCGGCUGAAAACGCUUUUCUACCCUAUGCACAGGACAAUUGGCUUCUACACACCAAGGAGUUUGGUCCUGCGAGCACGGCCUGUUAUGGCUUGUGGGACAUUCUGAUCAACGGGAAGGCGCCACACGUGAAGAUCCCAUGGGCUUCAACCCGUAUUUCUCUGUCUGAUCGCAGCACUCUUGGCUGGAUCGUCGACAAUGAACAUAGUGCCCUCUUUAUGCUCAUUUUCAGCCGUUUUGAAGGGAUCCACCGUAUGUUUGACACAGAUUUGCAACCGGUCGAUACUCUAUUCGAGACACUCCGAGAGAGAGAUUCAAAUUUCCUUAUCGAGGACAAGCUCUAUGGGCUAGCACUGUCGUUAGCGGCAAGGACGGUCAAUUCGAAGCAUUUACGAUUCCUCCUCAAGAAGCGAGAUGAUUGGCGCAAUGGCGGGCUCCAGUCGUUCAAAGUUCCCGUUACCGACAAUGACACGGGAGGGUGCCUCGGCACCAGAUCCACUGUUGAACUGGGUAGAUUCAGAGGGGUGGCCUGCCCUAAUACAUGCGGCAGCGCAAAGGAACGCCGAUUCAAUUCGUUUGCUACUAUCGCAAAAAGGCAUCAACGUCGAUUACAGGUUUUCUCACCUUCAUGA